AACAAAUCCUACCUGGGUAUCUGUAUUAGCAAACAAGUGCCUGAGACUGAGAUAAAGUUCGCGUCCGUCUACCUCGGUCACUCGUUAUCUAGGGACCCACUACCUAGCCGGAUACCGAGACAUUCAAAAUGGCGGCGUCCUCGGGGCAGUUGGAGUUCAAAUGGAUAUUUCUUGGAUGUUUAUUAAUGUUUGGCAAAGGUGCGCUGGGAUCGUCAUUCUACGACAAGGGUCUCGUUAGCUUAGAUUCCACCACCCAUAUGCAGCAAAGGAUUGAUCUACCUCAUGGCAAGGCUCUCGCUUUCUACGGUGGUACCUACUCGAGUAUAUGGCUAACAACGGAUGGUUUUUUAUCCUUCGACGAGAGAGCGUCGUACGGUAAUGUCAACUUCAGCACUGGGGAUGUGGCCCCAAGCCUGGAUUACCCCAUCAUUGCACCAUUCUAUCACGAUGGGGAGGCACUUGAUGUACAUUCCGGAGCUGGGUCCAUCUACUACAGGACUCUUAACACGAGUCACGACGGCCCAGAACUUAACAUGUUUGGUACUAAUAUAUCCAACGCUGUGGUAGGGAUCCAGAACUUCCAGCCCAUAGGCGGAAUCAUUGUCACGUGGGAAAACGUGGCGGCCGCCGUUGAUAUCACUAAUGGAUGUGGUGGUUCUGGUUCUGGUUCGCAGCCUUGCAAGACAAGCAGUUUUCAAGUCGCUAUUCUUGCAGACGAGAUAGGGUUUACUUUUGCUAUCUUCAAUUAUGGACGUAUGGAUAUUGAUAUCAGAAGGUUCUAUCAGAGUGGAUUUAAUGCAGGAUACGGUGGAGGAUGGACAACAGCCGUGCCACAAUCAGAACUAAACCGCGCACAAUCAUUGAAAGGAAGUGACGUACAAGGAAGAUACUACUUUCGAAUUUGUGCCGACAGGAUCAUAAGAGGAGGAUGCCGGGACCGAUCUCUUCAACCUGCAAAUGUACAUCUGGAAAUGUCGCCAAAUUUUGGUGGGAUGUUCGGCGGACAGACGAUAGAGAUGUCGGGUUCCUGUAUACUUCCUAAUGAGAAUAUAACGUGCUCGUUUGGAAAUUCACAAGUGACGUCAUACGGUAUCUAUAUCAACUCAAUGAAGACAAAAUGUAGCGUGCCAAGACUUCUAGAGAGGGGGCGUGUCAAGGUCUCACUGAGGCACGGUAACGGCAGAGAGUAUUCGGGAAUAAUAACAAUAGUGGCUCCAGGCAGAAUGAAAGACACACUCCAAUCUAUUGACACACCUGGUUCAGGCUGGAAUACCACGGACGCAGGCAAGCUGACGUUGACCUGGGACUCAAGAUUACUUUCCACUCAGCGAAACGAUCUGGUCACCAUAAAACUUAUUGGCUACAGGGAAAUUGGUGACACGGCAGAGUGGGUCGAGUUGCAGGUCCUGGGCGCAGGUCCAAACGUCAUGAACAACGGGGUGUACACUUUCAACACACGUGACCACAGAUGUUCGGGUGACCUAUGUAACUUUGAGACGGGUCUGGUGGAGGUACGGCUGGCCGACACUUCGAGAGCAGCAUCUCACCUCUUCCUUGUGAGUCGCGAGCUGCCUUUAGGCUGGUAUGUCAACAACGACAUGAUCCAGAGGUAUGGCAGCCACUGGCCCCAUGACAAGUGCGUGUUGUGGUAUAAUAAGGACCGGCAGGACAUGGCCUGGCUUCAGAGUUUACCUUACUGCCCUUGUAACCUGGGCCAGGCUCUCGUAGACAUCGGCCGCUUCCAGACUGAUCCAGGAUGUGACAUGUUCAGUGGAAGUGUAUGCACUUACCACAUAGGGGCCGUCCAUUGUGUAAGAUCCGUGAAACCUACUCCACUGGGAUCUGGGAACCAGUGUUGUUACGGGCCUGACGGUGCCCUGCGGUAUGCAGCCGAUUCGUUCCAAGGGAGCACGCCAGACAGGAGUCAUGCAUGGGGAGCUUUUCCGUACGGGCGUACAGACCUCGUGCCUAGCAUGUCUCACUGGGUAAAGGACGUGGUCACAUUCUACUACUGUUGCUUGUGGACGGAAUAUGCCGACUGUGAUUACUACAUGGACCAGCGGGCUACCAGGGACUGCAGUGGAUACUCACCGCCAAGGGCAGCUACCAUUUAUGGACAAGGACACGUGGAAACUCUGGACAAAAAUCAGUACCGCGUUUAUGGUGCGGGUGACUUUAAACUCCUGGAAGUGGUGCCCAUGGACAUCACUAUGCAGGGAAGAUUCUCCAGGGAUUAUUUAGCCAAAUCCACUCGAGGUAAAUCCACGACUCUCAACUCAUCUGUAAUCCUGUCUAGCAUCGGAAUAGAAGUGGGCCAGGAGAGAGUCGAAAUCAAACUGGACCGGAACAGUCCCCAGCGCAUGCUUAAUGUCCUCGUCAACAACACGUUCCAGUUCUUUAAUUCAGAACCUGAGUACAUGCAGCAAUUUUCACAGGUGACCAUUGUAAACUCCCCUAGUAAAGCCGGAAAUAUCAACUCUAACUUCACCGUCAUUCUGAGGAACGGCAUGGGUGUCCAGGUGGUGGCCGCUAGCGGACUAAUGAAUGUUUUAGUGUUGGUCCCACACACUUUAAAGGGUCACGUGAGAGGGCUUCUUGGUACGUGGAAUGACAACAAAACAGACGACUUCACCUCCGGGGACACUAAUCAGGUCAUAACAGCGACGGGCAACCAAGAAUUCUACAACCAGUUUACCUACUCGUGGCGUGUAAACAACUCGGGAGAAUCUAUACUUCCCCAUUUCGUCUCUCCGAGAACUCCGUCCGACCUCAACGACAAUGUACCGUUCCCUAUGAGAAUCCAGUCAAUGUAUGAUGUAUGUAGUGGACAAACAAGCUGCGAAUUCGACUAUCAACAACUCAACUACAGGACUCAAGCUAGUCAAACAAAAAUGGCUGCUGAAUGGUUCGGAGAGGUACAAUUACUAGUUGCACCUGCUCGAUCAUGUGGACUUUUGAACGUGCCCCGUAGUACAAAGAGCAGCUACAACUACAGUCUUGGCAGCACUGUGACCGUGACUGGCUGUAGGGCUGGUGACCUGGCGGGAGACACGACUUACAGCUGUGAGGCAACAUCUAACAACUCCCAGGUCUGGAGUCCUUCGGUCUCCGCUGUCUGUACAAACACUCCAUUGGACGAGGCUGACGUCGGGAUGAUUGCGGGUAUUGUCGUGGCUAUUGUAGUAGUGCUGUUGAUAGCCGUCAUCAUCGCCGUUGUCCUCAGGCGCCGUAGUCGUAAGGACAAGAGUGCCAGUGUUCCGGACGAAGGAGGAAAUUAUUCGGCGGAUAGACCUAACCCAGUGUCGGCAGGGGAAUAUGAUGCUCGUUAUUCAGAAGUAAAGAGGAGAGACGAAGAGGACGCACCGAGAGAAAAAAAUAAAAGGAGCAGAGAAUUCGACAUGUAAACAUGCAAUAUAGCAUCGUAUUAAAAGCGAUGUGGCGUUGUGAAGUAUCAGAAUGGACUUUUUGGGAACUGAAAUGACAACAUGCUCAGCUGAUGUCAGAGGAAAAAAGGAGGAUACUGGUCUUAGGAUUGAACGGCCCGGUGUGAACAGCGUACAUAAUGAUAAUUGGAUUUUGAAAUUAUGUUAAACUGAAACAUCGUGCGACUCCUUGCCCAUAUAUUAGAUUUCUUAUUUGCGACAAAUGUUUAGGAUGGAAAAUGGAAAGGAUAAACAAUUCAGCAGCAUGCACAUUGGCGCUUUAUCACAAAGCAAAUCCAUUCAGAAUAUUUAAACAACAAAAAUCGAAUGCGCGCGAUCAAUGGUUUAUAUUAUUUUCAACUCAAUAACAAGUCUUAUAAAGAUGUAUACAUGUAUAUGCUUCCCUUGGGUAAAAUUGCUUCAAUAUAAUAUUUACUGGGUGGUUCAAAUGUUUUGUGUUACGUUGUAAUCUAACAUUGUUAUCAAUACGUAUCUGUAAUUCAAGCAUUAUUAAAUGUAUCAGUGUUCUGUGUACUAUAAUUCUUUACGCAUUGAUAUCGUUGUGUAUUAAGUAUCAUUUUUUCUUUCUGUAAAUAUUUUUUAAAUAGUAACAUCAUCACGACUUUUUUUAUAUUGUUCAUUAUUUGUUCAUUAUGGUUUUGAUAGCAUAGGUAUACAAUGCCAUACUAUAUAGGUCCACCAUUGCAUAAGGAAUGCCUGGUUAUUGCGAUCAUGUCCGUAAAAUCGUAGGGGUAAAACUAAACUUUCUUAUCAGGGGAAUGAUUGAAUUACUGUCAGAAUAAUAACAAUUAUGUUAUCUUUUAAGGGGAGUGAACUUUGUCUGCAACACCCUUGACUCUCAUUGCAUAGUGACUGCAAAGUUUACAAUUUUUAUAUAGAAUUUUCACAAAUUGUAUCAUGAUAAUUGUCUUUGGUAUCAUCACAUCACGUACUGUCAUUAUGACAUACAGCGAAUAAUUGAUCUCGCGUUUGCGCUUUUGACAAUUUAUUCACGAAUAAACACUUUUAUUGUAAUAUUUGAACAGAUAUAUUUAGCAAUGGUACCGUCCUCCUGACCUAUCUAGAUUAUCCUACAGAUUGUUAUGGUUGAUACUGUUCUGUUCCUCUAAAUUGUCUUACAACUUGUGGAUCAGCUAAUAGAAUGUUGUAUUUCAGGCUAAGAUAUCAUAUAUUGUAUUUCAGGCUAAGAUAUCAUGUAACGCUUAGAAAAAUACUGUAUAUGUUAAAUGUUUAUCCCCAUUGUUCAUAUCCAAGGUCACGCUUGUUUAGAAUAUCUAGACAUGUUCAUAGCGCUACAUAACAGACUGAAAUACUGUAAAAUACCAUUGUUGUAUAGUAAUCCUAUUCAGGCAGCAUGUUUUAUAUCAAAAUAUAAGAUAAACUCAUAAAUGACUGUCGCAAUUCUAUUUUUGUGCUCCUUUAGAUGACAGACAACCUUUGUCAGGAAUGCUUUAAUUGUGUGUGUGUAAUCUGCAUAAUUGCUAACAUGUAUCUAAGAAAAUCGAAUUUACAAUAUAGUUGAUGCGUCAGGUGAGGAUGUCAUUUCAUGACACAACUGCACGAAACUUCUUUUAGGAGUAUUUCCUGAGACAUCUGAUACACUUUUGAAUAUUGGCAAGCUUUGAUAUUAACUUCCAAUGAAUUUACAUUACUUUCUUGCUAUUCAGAUUUGAUAAAACCGCAUAAGGAAGUCAAGACCAUGCUCGUUAUAGUUCUGCUUGUUGUGUUAAUACUUCAAGGUUAAUUAUGUAUUCAAUUGAUGUUUUCAAUUGAUGAAUUCGAUUCACUAAUAUUAUCUGUACUUUAAUUUUAAAACACCUUUUGACUUUAAUUUUAAAACACCUUUUGAAUAGGCUAGCUGUACUUUUAAAGAUGAUCGGGUAUUGCCGUAUCAACUGUAUGAGUGAAAAUGUAUGAACACAGUAUGAUGUCAUGUAUGUAUGUGAUCAUGUUCACGGAACUACUCUUGAGUGUUCUGUCAUUAUUUUGAUGUCUAUAUAUGUCAAUUCGUUUGCUUCAUUUCUUACAGUAAUACGAAAAAUGCAGGACGCAUUUCACUUUAAUACUGGAAAUAAAAUUAUGUUAGUGUC